GGAUGCUUGGAUGUGCGCAACCCAGAGAAGAAACAGCCCUUAGAGCUCUAACCAUUCUCCGGGCAACUUGCUGACUUUUGGUUAUAUUCUGAGGAGGUUCUGCUGGGUAGUCUUUUAUUCUAACCAUGAAGCGCGAUCUGUAUCUCAUAAACUUUCUGAUAACUUUCCCUCUCGUCAGUGGAUCACCUUUUCAGUACAAUAUGUUUCAGGGAAACGCGUAUUCUGCCCCAGAAACACGACAGAGAAACAAAAACUGGUGCGCCUACGUUGUGCAUAAGAAUGUGAGCUGCGCUGUAGUUGGAGGCACGGAGAGCUUUGCGCAGCCCGAGUUGUUGCCAUGUCCACCGGAGCAGCCAAACUGUGCGCAACAAGUGAUAUAUCAAACACAUUUUAGACCAACAUACAAAAUUGGCUACAAAAUAAUGACAGAGCUGCAGUGGAGGUGUUGCCCAGGAUAUCAGGGUCACGACUGCAUGGAGGUGAAAGACAUGAAACUUCUCCAAGUAGAGCGUUUGCCCCAUGCCUCCUCAAAUUCUGGCUAUUCAAAUCCACAAGCUCCCAAUCGGAGGACUGAGCCUCAGAGAAACCAUCAAUCAGCUUGGGAGGGGCAGAUCAGAGGUCAAACAGUUGACAGGCCACGAGAGGGCCAAAGCAGACCUCAAAGCUCGCAACAACUAGAGGAGGAGGUGCAGCAGUUGUCUCAGAUGGUCCUUGACAUGCAGGCAAGAAUGACAGACAUUGCCUCCAAUCUGAGACUGGAUUUCCAGGAGGAUGCAAGUAAAAUGUUUGUUACUCUUAUGAAUAAUCUUAAACAACCUGCCAGCGCUAGGGGUGCAGCGACAGAAAGCUUUCAGGUGCAGGACUUCUCUUUUGGUCAAGAGAUGCCAUCGAUGGAUGAGGUCAUGAACAAGAUAAACCAGGUUGCAGAUGAUCUUGAGUCGAGGAGUAAUGUCUUGGAUGACUUAAUGAGUCGAGUAAAUCUCCAUGAUGGACAAAUAGGUCUGUUACUGGAGACGGGUCAGAAUCAGCCAUCCACGUCCCAACCUACAACGUCCAGCAGUGAUGCUAACCUGCAAACCUUCUUGGAAAGUAAGAUCAGUGCUCUACGAGAAGAGUUGAUGGAAGGUAUAGAAAUCAAAAUGGCCGAUUUGAAGAACUCCUGUGACUAUAAAAUCCACUCAGUUCAGGAACAGUGUGAAGGACAGGAGGCCAACUACUUCAGCUUGAUCGAACUCAUGGACUCAAAGGAAUUAGACGUCCGCAGUGAGAUCCAGAAUCUGAAGACAAAAGUGGAUGAACUACAGAAGGCAGGACCAGUAGAUUCUCACCUGCAAAACCUUGAAAACCAGCUGAACUCAUCUCAAAGCUAUUUGGAGAUGUGCCUCUCUGUGGAGAAAAAUCUUCGGCACGAACAAGAAGAAGCCAUUAACGACUUGAAGAAGACGUUGGACGACAAGCUGGGAUCUAUACAGAACCAACUCACGAAUAAGCUGACAAAUAACUCUAAAUUCACCUUAAUGAGUGAAAAUAGUCUGCUAAUAGAUGCUAGCUCUGUAAAGGAUUCAGUUGAUAAGCUGGAGCAUAAAGUCAAUGAUCUGGAACUUCUGUGCUCUGAAAACUGUAAAGCUAAUUUAACUGCUUUAGAAAAGCUUCAGAAUGACUUCCAGAGCUAUAAAUCUAUUGUAGAUAACAUGGAAACAAAUCUGAACAUUCAGGUAAGAGACUUUGAAUCCAUGAAGGGUCAGCUUUUAUGCAUCAACAGCACUAUUGAGAAUGUGAGUAGUGAGAUAGAUAACCGUCUGGACAGAGUGGAAGAUUCAAUAUCAAUUGUAGAAGAUCAGCGGAACCUUAACUCCUCCUGGGAUCAAAAUACAGAAGCAACCCUCCAGGAUUCUAAGGAUCUUUUGGAGCUUCACAGGGUACAGCAUGAGAAGCUGAGACAGCGUUUAGAUGAGUUGGACAGAGAGGUGAAAGCUGAGGCCAAAAGCUGCAGAGAAACAACUAAAGAUGUGGGGCUGGAGCUCACCAGCAUGGACAGUCGGAUUGUUAAUGUUGAAGCUCUGUGUAACAAGCUUGAUCCCAUCUCCAACAACCUCCUGAGGAUCAAAGAGGGCCUGAAUAGGCACAUCACUGGACUGUGGAGCUGUGUGAACCAGCUGAACGGCACGGUACAAAACCAAGCCAAUGAUAUCGGAGGGCUGAAGGGAACAUGUGAGACUCUUCAGGACCGAAUCACAAACAUAGCCAGAACCCUUCAGACCCUAACAAAUGGUUCUCCUGGGAAGGAAGGUGCUGAUGUUGACCCGAUAGAAGGAUCUCCACGAGUUUCAGCUGAGCGCCUCAGAGUCUUACCUGUCCCUGUAGAGCCCUUCCUCAAGCAUCUACCUGUGAUGGAAACAGGAGAGGCAGGUCCACCUGGACAAAUGACGUCUGAUUUGCCUAAACGGAUGGACGCCAACGUGAUGUCUGUUCAGGGAUACGCUGGAGCUCCAGCUUCCCCUGUUACCUCCACUGAGUCCUUAAAGACCAAUGUGCCUCUAAUAACAGAUGUGAGUAAGCCUCAAAGAUCUCCAAAACAGAAAAGUAGCACAGCUACAGGUGAGAAGGUCUCCUUCUCAGCCGGUCUGACUCCCCCGAUCCAAGGAGAACUUGGAAUAAUCCGAUUCAACAAGGUUCUGGUCAAUGAUGGAGGACAUUAUGACCCUAAUACAGGCCUUUUCACUGCUCCAACAAAUGGUCGCUACCUGGUGACAGCUGUGCUUGCUGCCCAGAGAGGCCAGAAUGUCAAGGCUGUGCUGUCUGUGUCCAACAACAGCGUUCAGAUUCUGGAUUCUGCAGGCUUCUCCUCUGAGGCCACAGCGCUGUCUCAAGAACGAUGCAGCUGCAGCGGCUUGACGUCACUGAGUCUGGUUCUUUCGAUGAAGCCAGGAGAUCGAAUGGGGAUCAUUCUGACCGAUGGGAAACUUGCCAUUUCUGACUCCACACAGACCUUGUCAUCUUUUAGUGCUGUGUUACUGUACAACAGCCCCAUUACACUGUAGCUUGUGUGGCUUUCUGCAACACCAACAGCUGAGAUCAAGUUUUUAAUUAAAUUAUCAUAAAAUGGUAAUGCUGUAUUUAAGUCAAGUGCAAAGAGUUGAAAACCUGUAAAUAAAAUGGUCUGCAUUAAGGGCCUGAUCUAGUAUCAUCUUAAAUAAAGAGGGCUAAAACUGCUUGUGCAAAAAAAAAAAAAAGUAUGUUUAAAUAUUGGACGUAUUUCAGAGGAAUUACUAACAUUGCAUGUGCAAUUGAAAACAGGUGCAAAAGUGGUGCAAACAUCCCUAUUCUAAAGAGGUUUCUGCAUCUGAUACUGGCUGUCCAUUUAGAGAGUUUGGGACAGCAGAGUGGAUUUAUUUAGCAUGUUCCAAAGGCAGGCGCAAUCUGCAGCAGAACCCUACACAGAUUGCCUCUAUGAUCACUGUGUGGAGAAGAUGCAGGCAGUUUGGAAGUUAAAAGAUCUUUGUUAAUUUGAAAAAAAAAAAAAAUACUUUUGAGAAAUGAACAUGAUAUAUUAGCACCUGACAUUUGGAUUAUUCUGACUGUCGGAAAAGGCCAAGGUCAUUGCUUAAUUUCUUGAAUCCACCCUUCUGAUAAAUAAAGAAUUUACUAUAAAGACAGUAACAGUUUGCAAUUUUAAAACAAUGACACAGAAGAGAAACUCCUUUUCUCUCAUUGUUGAUCAUCAUGCCUAAUACACAACAUGAUUAAUCAAACAGAAGGUGAAAGUCGCUGCUGCAUAUUUGUAAUUUUCAGUGGCUACAAGAUAAUAUUUCAUAAAUGAAAAUUUACUACCCAUUAAACACCCGCCACUAAUCUCUAAAUUGGCGAACAGAAAAACUUAUUUUAAGGGGAUGCCACUCACUGCAGUGGUUUGAAGGAAUGAUCCACCCAGACAAAACAUGCUGUGCUGCAAUGCAUGUUUUCAUAGGAUAGUAACUCAAAAACAGUUUUGAUCUAUAUGCAAUUUCUGACAGCCCAUAAAUACUGAUGACUGGCUGUAGGAUUAUCUCCCUCUGUCGCCUGUAACUGCACCUAUGCCUUCUUCUUGCCAUAAUUACAGAGAACAUUGUUGCAUGCCAAUUUGCACUUGCAAUACAUAUUCUACACAGAACAUGUGCCUGCAGUUUGAUUCAAGUUUGAUCAGUUGCUUGGUUACUAGCUUUGAACGCUACAAAGUUUGCACAUGUAAACUUUUUUUGUAAACACAAACCUUUAGUACUGUAGAUCAGGCCCUUUAAAGGAAAAGUCCGGUCAGAGUCUGGGAGCGGCCAUUUAUGCCCAUAUAUAGUAACACCUCACUUAUGACAUCUUCCGGCAGUGAUGUCACGGUGCGUUAAGCCCAGGGCCAUUCUCUCCGCUUUACAAGCAAAAUCAAUGGGAACUAAUAGACAAAUUUGCAAUCAACAACACUUAUUUUAGAUUUCGAGAGGACUUCACCUUUGAAAUUUGUGAGAACUAUUGUUAAAGUGAGAAUGGCCACAUGCAUGGCAUUUAGAUGUUGCAAUACAUUGGGUAAAAGGGAAAAAAAAAUUAGUUACUUCACCUUUCCCAUUUAUGAUCUAUGAGUUUGUUGUUGGAUUGCCAUCUUGAAGAGAGAGGAUUUUCCAUCAAACUUGUGGCCAGAGAAAAAAAAAUGUAACAUGUAGCAAACAUUUAGAAGAGGAGUGUUUUCAAUAUGACUUGGAUAAUAGCCUGUGUGGCAAACACCAGAUAGAGCAUUGGGAUUUGAUCAACAGCCGAUACCGCACUGUGACGUCAUAAACUGGGUAGGUGACAGUAGUGUUCUUUGACAAACAUGGAUGUCUCUGGUAAAUCCCAUUCAAAUAAAAUUACUCUUAAUUAAAAACACU